GAGGGACACCUACUGCCUGCACAACGUUGGUAUCGACUACCAGGCUGCUCUGACUAAAUCAGUGGAACCAACAGUCAGACUGUACUCCAGAGCUCCCCCUGGUGGCAGCCAUCCCUCCAUGCUGGUCUGCAGAGUUUAUGACUUCUACCCUAAAACCAUCAAGGUGAGCUGGCUGAGAGACGGACAGGAGAUCACCUCUGGAGUCACCUCCACUGAGGAGCUGCCAGAUGGAGACUGGUACUACCAGAUCCACUCCAACCUGGAGUACCAGCCCAGGUCUGGAGAGAAGAUCUCCUGUAGGGUGGAACACGCCAGCCUGAAGGAACCUCUGAUCACUGACUGGGAUCCGUCCAUGCCAGAGUCAGAGAGGAACCAGCUGGCCAUCGGAGCUUCAGGACUGAUCCUGGGUCUGGUUCUGUCUCUGGCUGGAUUCAUCUACUACAAGAGGAAGGCCAGAGGACGGAUCCUGGUUCCUACCAACUGAUCCUGGAUGGUGGUUCUGAUCCGGUCUAUCAUGUGAUUCUGGUUCCUACCCACUGAUCCUGGAUGGUGGUUCUGAUCCGGUCCAUCAUGUGAUUCUGGUUCCUUCCCACUGAUCCUGGAUGGUGGUUCUGAUCCGGUCCAUCAUGUGAUUCUGGUUCCUACCCACUGAUCCUGGAUGGUGGUUCUGAUCCGGUCUAUCAUGUUAUUCUGGUUCUACCCACUGAUCCUGGAUGGUGGUUCUGAUCCGGUCCAUCAUGUGAUUCUGGUUCCUACCCACUGAUCCUGGAUGGUGGUUCUGAUC